AACACUGAAGUUUUAUAACCUGUGGUUACAAAACCCCAUUGAGUGAAACGAGUGUUUGGUUUCGUUUACUUUCGAGAUUUGUGUGAUUGCUUUGUUUCGUAGUCGUAAGAUAAAUAAUUUGUUAUAUCAGCCAACAUGUCUUCAGUAUGCUGUGGAACAAAAAAACAGAAACUAAACAACUCGUAUAGUAACAAUAUAGAUCGACCUUUGAAUGGUUACCAAGAAUCUGUGGCUAUUCCUGAUAUGUGUUACUUUUGUUUCGAUGUUUUGUAUUGUCAGCUGCACAGUAUGGACCCCCCUCAGACGCCAAACUUUACUAACGAUGCCUAUCCUUUAUUUGUGACAUGGAAAAUUGGCAAAGAGCAUCGUCUCCGAGGAUGUAUUGGGACAUUCAAUGCAAUGCAUUUACACUCAGGUCUUCGCGAGUACGCGAUAACGAGUGCCCUGAAAGACUCGCGGUUCACCCCCAUCACUCGGGAGGAGGUGCCGCGACUGACGGUGUCGGUGUCCAUCCUGCAGCACUUCGAGGAGGCCGAGCACUACCUGGACUGGAAGCUCGGCAAGCACGGCAUCCGCAUCGAGUUCAUAAGUGAACGAGGCUCCAAGCGCACCGCUACUUACUUACCGCAAGUCGCUACUGAACAAGGUUGGGACCAAAUCCAAACUAUAGACUCGCUCCUGCGGAAGGGCGGGUACAAGGCGGUUAUCACGGCGGACAUGCGUCGCAGCAUCAAGCUGACGCGCUACCAGUCCGAGGAGAUCUCCGCGUCCUACAACGAAUACAUCAGCCAACGCUGCUAGCAAAUGGUCAAAGCGCCCACUCACCACCGACUUAAUAGUAAUCGAAGACUCGUGUAUCACAGUAUACAAUAUACACAUUGUUAUAAAAAAAUAUAUCGGAGACGGAGUGGGCAGAGUGGUCGAAAAUAUUGUGUUAGUUAUAAUCUAGGUUCUAAGUGUACGUCUAGUGUCCAGUAUCAGUUUACGAGGAGGCGAUGUGAAACAGACGCUUGUCCGAACACGACCGCCUUGCGAAUUACAAUGACGAGUCAGAAUUAUGCUCAAAGUGAAUUGACGAGCCAGCGCCGCAGACGAUCCUGUUUCAAAUUAAUUUAAACUUAAGAUACAACACUGCCAACGACAUUCCUCUGUGGAUAACAUCUAAGUGCCAUCAUUAACAUUUACAAAGUACCUAAUAUUAAUAUUCGACUUGCAGUGAGUAUACUAUUAUUAAUAAAAUAGUAUUACAAAUUUAUAUGAUUCUUUUGCAAAAAUGGCAAGAAUUCAGCUUCGAAUUUAAAAUUAAGGGUGUACUUUUCAUUCCGUUAAUUAAUCGACGAUGCACUUUGAUCAAAAUUUUGGCUUACGCCAGUUUGUAUUUUAUUGUUGUACGAUCAUAUUGCCGUGGGUCAUUUGAGUAAAAUUAAAAUAAAAUUGGUUAGUGAAUUAUGUGUAAUUUGACUCAUGGUUGGCUAGUUAAGGGUUGCCCAUGCUUCCUACUUGGUAAAUAUUGUGCUGCUUGACUUGCAUUUCGUAAUGUCGUUUCGAUUUCACUUUUACCUUGUAACAACAUUUAUUUACAAGGUUGUUCGUUUGCAUGACUGAUAUCUAUGAACCUCAUAUAUCGAAUAGUAGAUUCUCCAAUAUAGUCUGUGGUCCCAUGAACUAACAUUAAAAGUGAAAUAUAUCGACAUGGUCUAAUUCAUUAUGACGCAAUGUGCUAAAUUAUUCAAGCUUGACGCUCACAUGACGUGACAAAGAUUUGUUACCAUCAAUGGACUGAAUAAGCCCAAUGUCAAAUGAAGGAACUGUUCCCAUAUGUUACAAAAGGUUUAUGUUAAGUAUUUUUUUAUAGAAAUACAAAUACUUGACAGAGAAGCAGCUAGGGUGAUAGAUAUGAGGUUUAUUUGAUACAAAAUACAGCCGUGCUACUGAGUAAAAUUUGAAAUCGCAACAUUACAAAAUGUAAUCUCAGUGUAUAAGUAGCAACAAAUAGAUCAUAUUUUUUCAUGAAACAAAAGUACUUACAUGUGAAUUUGCGCUACGCUUGGGUAAGCACUCCCCUAUCAUGUAAGUAAUAUAAUGUUAGAACGGAACGUUAACAGGUUCUAAAAAAAAGAAUAUAUUGUAAAGAAAAUUCUAAAAAAAAAACAAAUAAGAAUUAAAGUGAACAAAAAAAGUAAAUUACUAAUUACUUUAAGAAUUCUUCUGUUAUAGAUUGUAAGUGUGUCUUACUUUUAUUAAUAAUAAAACAAAAUUGUUACGCGAUUCAUUUGAAUCGAAGUUUAUUUGUUGGUGAGGCAUGGGGGAUCGGUGUGUAAUCAAUUCGUUGGCUUGGUAUUAUCAAAAAACGGAAAAAAUAUCAGUAAAUUUAAACCAAACUUCUGUUCCCAAUAUUCCUCUCUUUUCUAUACUCUUCCAAAUGGGCACAGGGUUAACAAAAUGAAGGUAAUAGAUUUAAGAAAUAUAAACAAUGAAGUCUCAUGAGCAAUUAAAUUAUUCAGAGCCUAUCUAUAUCCUAUUUAGUGACCAAUUAACUAUACAUUAACAUUAAUAGUUCUGGUCAUAUAAGUAUUAAAUUACAUCAUGUAUCUUCAGUAAAUAAAUAUCUAUAAUAAGGCUUGAUUUACCUACCACGUAUUGUCAAAACUAAUAGCAAUAUCUGUAUUUUUUCCCCUGCAGGAAAAUGGUACUUUUUUUUGUAGAUGAAAAUUACCUAGUGAUAUGUUUAAUAUAUAUGUAAUACCAAACCAACGAAUUAUUAUCGAUGUUGUUGGAGUGUACCUUAAAUUAUGUAAAUAAAAACAAAUGAUAACACCAAG